AUGGUAGAAAAUUUCUUAACCAGACUCGCAUCGAAAAAAGUUGCUCCAGUACCACCAGCACCCAAGGAUCCAUCAAAAAAGAAAAAGAAGAAGCCGGGAACAGGCAAAAGGGGGAAAAGCAAGAAGCUGUCCGACUUCCUAAUUGAGCAAAAGACUCAGACUCUGGAUGAGACCUUCGAGCAGUCUACUAGGCCGCAGCUGAAGCCGAAGGCAGUGCCUAAGCGUCAAGGUGGAAAAGGCUUUGAUAUCACGAUUAGUCCUGACAAGACUCAAGCAACAAUGGAGGAGCCCGUGCCUGUGAAGAAGGGAAAUGUUCAGGUAACUGUACCCGAGAAGAGCAAGAUCCGACAGGCCGGCCAGGAUUUCCAUGAGCGGGCGCUGAAGGAUUUUGAGGAAGAGCUGACGGAUGAUUGGAUGAAGGAUUUGGACGAGAAUAGGAAGAGCAAGAAGAAUAAGGUCAUCGGAGAGGGGAAGUUGAAGUGAUUGGGGAUGGUUGACUGGUUCGUGAUUUGAUACAAUGAAGCUAAUUGGAUUUUAUUUAUUCUUUUCUUUGAAUAAAAUCUGUGUUUUGUCAGUUUCA